CUCGACCGGAUGUGACGUUAGUCGCCUGAGCAGGUUGAAUUCUGCUCACUGGAAGACAUGGAGGCUCGUGACUGUUUUGGCCACUGACAGUUAUAUUUUGCACUAAUCUAGUACUAUAAUAUUUAGUCAAGAUACUGACACCUUAUUCAAGUGAAAGUCUCCUCUCAGGUGACUGAGGUCAACGGGCAGAAGAAUCAUGGAGUCCAUGCUCAACAAGCUGAAGAGUACCGUCACCAAGGUGACCGCAGACGUCACCAGCGCCGUGAUGGGCAACCCAGUGACGCGUGAGUUUGAAGUGGGCCGGCACAUCGCAAGCGGUGGCCCCGGUCUUUCCUGGAGGAUCUACAAUGGGACCAAGAAGUCCACCAAGCAGGAGGUGGCAGUCUUUGUUUUUGACAAGAAAAUUAUUGACAAGUACCAGAAGUUUGACAAGGACCAGAUAAUCGAUUCGCUAAAGAGGGGCGUUCAGCAGCUGACCCGUCUGCGACAUCCUCGGCUGCUCACAGUCCAGCACCCCCUAGAGGAGUCACGGGACUGCCUGGCAUUCUGCACCGAGCCUGUUUUCGCGAGCCUAUCCAAUGUCCUCGGCAACUGGGAGAACCUGCCCAGCCCCGUGCCCACAGACAUCAAGGACCACAAGCUUUAUGAUGUGGAGACCAAGUAUGGCCUGCUGCAGGUGUCUGAGGGCCUCUCAUUCCUGCACAGCGGGGUCAAGAUGGUGCAUGGCAACCUGACCCCGGAGAACAUCAUCCUUAACAAGAGUGGCGCCUGGAAGAUCAUGGGCUUCGACUUCAGCAUCUCCUCCACAAACCCCUCUGAACAGGAGCCCAAAUACGCAUGUAAGGAGUGGGACCCCAACCUGCCCCCACUCUGCCUGCCCAACCCGGAGUACCUGGCCCCCGAGUACAUCCUGUCAGUCAGCUGUGACUCCGCCUCUGACAUGUACUCUCUGGGCGUGGUCAUGCAUGCCGUCUUCAACGAGGGGAAGCCUAUAUUCCAGGUCAACAAACACGACAUCUUCAAGAGCUUCAGCAGACAGCUGGACCAGCUCAGCCGGUUGAGCCCGAGUGCUCUUACCCACAUCCCAGAGGGGGUGCGGGACCACGUGAAGAUGCUUCUGAGCGUCACGUCGACAGUCCGACCAGACGCUGACCAGAUGACCAAGAUCCCUUUCUUUGACGACGUGGGUGCUGUGACUCUGCAGUACAUUGACUCGCUGUUCCAGCGGGACAACCUGCAGAAGUCCCAGUUCUACAAAGGCCUGCCCAAGGUGCUGCCCAAACUGCCCAAGCGCGUGGUGGUCUUCCGCAUCCUCCCGGCCCUCACUUCCGAGUUCGUGAACCCAGACAUGGUCCCGUUCGUGCUGCCCAACGUGCUGCUCAUCGCCGAGGAGUGCACCAAGGAGGAGUACCAGCGGCUCAUCAUGCCCGAUCUCACGCCUGUCUUCAAGCAGCAGGAGCCAGUGCAGGCUAGCAACAUGAUUCUGCUGAUAUUCCUGCAAAAGAUGGACCUGCUUCUGACCAAGACUCCCCCCGAAGACAUAAAGAACAGCGUGCUGCCCAUGGUCUACAGGGCCCUGGAGGCACCGUCCAUCCAGAUACAGGAGCUGUGCCUGAACAUCAUUCCAACUUUCGCCAACCUGAUCGAUUACCCGUCCAUGAAAAACGCACUGAUCCCCCGCAUCAAGACCGCUUGUCUGCAGACAUCCUCACUGGCUGUGCGUGUGAACUCCCUGGUGUGUCUGGGCAAGAUCCUGGAGUACCUGGAUAAGUGGUUCGUCAUCGAUGAAAUCCUGCCUUUCCUGCAACAGAUUCCGUCCCGGGAGCCCGCUGUUCUCAUGGGGAUUCUGGGCAUCUACAAGUGCACCUUCACCCAUAAGAAGCUGGGCAUUCCCAAAGAGCACCUGGCCGGGAAGAGCCUGCCUCACCUCGUGUCCCUCAGUAUCGACAACAACCUCAACCUCACCCAGUUUAACUCCUUUAUGGCCGUGAUCCGCGACAUGCUGAACCGCAUGGAGGCCGAGCACAAGACCAAGCUGGAGCAGCUGCACAUCAUGCAGGAGCAGCAGAGGAGCCUGAACAUUUCCAAUCAACUGAAUCCAUCUGAGGAGACCAAGAGCACCCCAAGCCCCGGCAAUGAGCUGGAAAACAUGUUCAGCGGCAGCUCUGGGAGCAGUGAGGUGAAUGGGAAGGAGAACGGAUCCUCCACGGCCGCCCCGCAGCCCAACCGAAUGUCGCUGACUCUGGAGGAGAAGCAGCGCCUAGCGAGGGAGCAGGAGCAGGCAGCCAAGCUGAGGAGCCAGCAGCCCCUGGCACCACAGACCGUCAGGCCGACUCCGGCCACCUCGCAGACCAAAGACCUGACCAGCAGCCUGCUAAACAACGUGGCCUCCCUGGGGAGCCUGUCCCUGGGCUCCGGCCCCAAGCCAGCGGCGGCACAGGGGGCCAUGGUGCCGGCCGGGUUCCCCUCGUCAUCGCCCAUGGGCAGCGUGGGCUCUAUGCCAGGCAUGAGCAACGGCUACAACCCAGGGAUGGGCUUCCCGAUGGCAAGCGCGCGGCCGGCUGGCCCCAGCCUCUACGGGGGCAUGGCCACCACCAACAGCACACCCAGCUUCACCUCCCUUGCCCAAAGUCAACCUAACAAGGCCCCGGAUAUGUCCUCCCUUGACUCUCUCUUUGGCCCCCAGAAGCCUAAAGUCAGCUUGAACCAGAUGGCACCCAAGCCAGCCCCUAUGACGGCGCCUGGGGCCCCUAGCCCCUGGCUCAACCAGUUUGGGGCCCAGCAGACCCAGCCGGCUGCACCCCUGGCUAUGGGUGGAGCUCCACCAGCCUUUAGCAUGCAAGCAAACCCAUUCUUCAGUCCCCAGAACUUCUCGCAGGCCACGACCACAGCCAACCCUGGCAAACUCCAGCAGAGCGCCUCUGUGAACAAUGACCUGAAGGACCUCUUCGGAUAGACGGCCAGCGGCUAUCGAAGGUUUUAAUGGGAGGACUGUCGCAGAUGGAUGGGAGAGACCAAGCAGAUCCGCAGGUGAAUGGAUGGGAGAGACCAAGCAGAUCCGCGGGUGAAUGGAUGGGAGAGACCAAGCAGAUCCGCGGGUGAAUGGGUGUAUGAUCUCAUUGGCUUCAUUUUAAAAUCUCCGAUUUGAUUCCAGUUUUACGUUUAGACUGUUAACGUUUUUCGCCAGUUUUCCACCUCAGAGCAGACAUGUGUAUGGCGUAUGCGUGUCUGUCUGCCUGCCUGUCCGUGUUCGGUAGCUGCUCGGCAGAUUUCCACAGGAGCCUCUCUGUAAGGUGAUGUGUGCACUCAGACAAUCAUUUAAGCGCAAGAAAGCAGGCGAUGGAGUUCGGACGCGCUUGGAUGCUGGUCAUUCGAUCACUAUGGAAACCAGAGGUCCUCAUGGCAAAGAUACCCCCGUCCCCCCAGCCUGCCUCCCUCUCACUGCACCGUCCUCAGGCGCCGCAGUAACGCGGUGCCAGGGACCUUUUCACAUUAGCUGUGAUCUACAUGCUACCAGGCUGCCUUACCUCAGCGAGGAUGUAAAUGUAACCAGUUUAGGGGGAAUUUGGGUGUUGGCACACAGCACUAUAUAUACAGGGACGGACAAACACUGCUGUAGGUCUGUGCGUUUCUCUGCAUGAAAGGGAGUGACAGCACUUUGAUGUCCUGAGAGAGUGUGUGUGUGUGUGUGUGUCUGUGCGUGUGUCUGUGUGGAUUAAGUGCAACAUGGCCUGAUCUGCUUUCAUGAAGGAAAUGGUUUGACUUAAUGUAUAUUGAGAUACAGAAUGACGGUUUUGUCGUGGAGAAUGUUUGUUGUCAUACACUGGUUAUAUCUAAACGUAAGAUUUUUUUUUUUUUACAAAUCCUCUUUCCACAUACUUUACUGCCUGGACGGUAGAUCCUUUGCUCUUUGAGCCAUAACUUGUAGAUUUUGGUUUAAUAUUAUUAUUUAAAAUAAAAACGCCAGGCUCUGUCGAUUUAGUGUGCACUAGUCUGUCACAUAGGUGUCUGUAUGUCUUCUGAGCAUCGCCGAUCUUAACUGGAUGGAAAUUUUGGUUUACUUAUUUCACGUAAGGGGUGAGGGUUAGUAACAGUUGGCAUAGGCCACCCGAAGGAAGUAGGAGAAAUCAGUUACUGUAUAUAGAAAACAGACAACCUAAUGUACGGCAAACAUAUCAGAGAAGCAGCACCGAGCAGAGGAUUUCGCUACCUGGGACCUAUGUUUUGCAGCACUGAUUUGUUCUUGAGUGAAAGGCCUUAAGAGAAGAUUGCAAUAUUACACUGAGGGUUGGUGCAACUGGUGUGCUUGUAGGUUUUUUUUUUAUAGAGUCUUACUUAAAUUGCAGUGCUAACUGUCAGUUCAUGAGUAGACUUCCAAAUGACAUUUGUUUUUAGUAAGAUGUUUCUAAAGGGGUGCUGGCUGCUUGGUGAUUCUUGCCACUAGGGGGCACUCUGCCUCUUGGAGCCCCACUUCACAUGAAGUGAUGCUCAGGCAGGCCUGCCUGAGCAAACCCCGAUGCUGUAACGAUGGUUUUAAAUGUGAUUUAAACAGGGGUGGUGGGAGGCAACUGUACACUUUCAAGCAUCAUGUGGCCACAUUUUGUUUCCCGUCACAUGACGACGUGACUGAUUUCCGUUUGGCCGCUGGCCAGAAGCCCCCCCCCCCCCCCCCGGCACGUCCCGGCCAGUCGCACCUGCUCCAUUGCCAUGGAGCUCCUUCCCUUAUGAACAUUUUGGUGGCGUCUUUUUAGUCUUUGCUUGCAAUCAGAGAUGAAAAUCCUAUUCUUCUACCAGAGUUCUGAUCCUUUAUACAUGAGAGAUUUCAUCUGUAUGGUGUGGCGUCUUUGUGAAAUUUGUAUUGUGAAUGAGGUGGUGGUGUGUGAAACAGAUUGCUCAGUGGAAAAAUCUGUAUAUAUAUAUAUAAAUACAUAUUCUAAUA